UUUGACAAGUGUAUUUCGGACGUAGGGGCGAGUUUGAGGUUGUGAACAAAGUGCGGUUUUUCUAAAUAGUGUUAUUGACCCGUGAGGCUUGAACAAAGUUCGAUAUUCAUUAUGAAAACGUUUUUACAACUUAAACACUUAAAAGGACAAGAUUCGUGUGACUGAAGUGCUUCACGUUGUGUUAUUCGUAGAGUGUUUACCCUCGUAGCCAGCAGAAUUUGCCGUCAAUAUACAACACUGCUAAAGAAAGAAGAAUUUUAUAAAUAGUUUCACUGUAAACUGUAAGGUAGCAUUCGGAAGAUAACUAAAAAAAACGCCAGUUUUUGCAAAGUAUAAAGUGUUGUAGCCUAUUUAUAAAUGAACGUCAUGAUGCCCGAACUGAAUCUGAAAGAAAAGAAGUACGCCAAUCUACGUAGAAAUUUAGACGAGCUGGGAUACCAUCAGAGUUUGGGUACAGACUCGUUACAUCUUGUCGAGGCUUUACUUUCUGAUUUGCUACAUACUACGGAAAGCUUAAGACAUUAUAAAGAACUUGCUCAAAAAACUCUCGAGGAACACUCAGCUCUUCGAGGUGGGAUUGAACCUUACAAGAAGGAAAAUGCAAAAUUAGUAAAAGAAGUAAAUGAGCUUUAUUCACAGCUUGUUAACCAGAAGGAAGAGGCAGACAAGACUCAGAGGGAACUUCAGAGGAGGAUAUCUCGGUUGGAAAGCGACUGUUCAGACCUACAGUUUCUUGCCUCUCAACAUUUGGCAACAGUCAAAACACUCGAAAAAGAAUCUGCAGCAAAGACACAGAAAAUAUUGCAAUUGCAAAGGAAGGGUCUACAAACAAUUGUUUCUACUCCAGGUGGUAAGAGAAAACUACCACUUUCUCAUCGCCAAAUACUAGAAAUUGAUGCACCUUUGAAGCCCAGGAAAACUUGGAGAGAGCAGUUUAGUGCUGCAGUUUCCCAGGCAAAAGAUCCCAAGGUUAUUGAUACACACAGGAUGGCUCUUAAUCAAAUAGUUAGUCUCUCUGAGGAGGUAAAGGACUUGAGAAAUGAUAGCCGCCGAAAAUCAGAGACUAUUGGUAUGCUCAAGGAACAGUUAGCCAACCGAGGAAAGGAAAUUGAACGACUCUCACAGAUGUUGGAUGGUGGUCGGUCACUGAAAGCUUUAAGAAAUGAUGGUGCUUCUCGUGAAGCUGAACUGCGGAUUUCAAAAUUAUCCGUUGAGCUCCAGGAUCUGGAGACAGCUAAUAAAGAACUGGAGGAACGACUUAAAGAGUCCUUGGGUAAGCAACACGAAGCUAUGACAAGGGCUGUGAAGCUGGCUGAACGCAAUAAACACCUUGAACAGGAAUUACGAGACAUUGACCACAUUGCAUUGGCUGUUGAAGAGGAAUGUAACUCAACAGUGAAAGAGAACUCAAGGAGAGUUUCAAAGAUACAGGAGAGACUAGAUGCAAGUCUAGCUCAAGUACGUGACUUGGAAAGGGAAGUUCUAGAGCUUAAACGCAAUGAACAAGAAGCUCAAGCUGAUGUGGAAAGUGCCAAGAAAGAUACUAGGCAUGCUCAGCGUGCAUUGGAGAAAGCCCAGUCAGAAAACAGACGCCUCUCUGAAAAAAUCAAUAACCUCCUUGUAAUAGAACAUGAUCUGAAUAAAGAAAUUGAUCGAAUCAAUAAGGAGAAUGCAAGUAUCAGACAAAAGUUGAUUGAGUUUGAGAACAGACAAGCCCCAUCAGGAAGAGAAGUGUCACCAGAUGAAAGAAGUUCAUCAUCUACAAAUGGUGGACCAACACAAAGGAUGGCUGCCGAAAGAGAUGCCGCUAAUUUAAGGGCGGAUAAUGUUUGGCGCACAGAACAGGAGCCACUUCGAAAGACAAAGUCUAAUGGGGCAACUGAGUCAGAGUUGGCACAGACUGUUGCAAAACAAACGGAGGUAAUACAAAAACUUCAGUCUGAAAGAGACAGGUAUUGCCUAAAAAAUGAAGCUCUGCAAGAAAAACUUUCUGAUUUACAGAAUCAGCUUGAAACUGUUGUAAAACAAAAGGAGUUAAUACAAAAACUUCAGUCUGAAAGAGACAGAUACUGCCUAAAAAAUGAAGCUCUGCAAGAAAAACUUUCUGAUUUGCAGAAUCAGCUUGAAGAUAAAUGUAUGGAAAACGGUGUUCUUGAGCAACUUCAGACAGAAAAAGAUUACUAUAAGAGAGAAUAUGAGAAACUAAGGGAAAAACAAAGUAAUGCUGAUGCUGAAACUGCAAGUAUGCAGAGCCUGAGGCGCAGAUUACAGGAACAAGAUAAAGAGAUAAAAAUGUUAGAGAUGACAAACAAGGAAUUAGCAUCAGAAAAAUUACAUCUUCAGACAAAAAUAGAUGCUCUUCAGACACGCAGAUCGCUAACGCCAACCCAAUCUCCUGGAUCUCCUACAAACGGGAUCUCUGUUCAGACUGCUGUGAAACGUCUAGAACAUGAAAGAGACUGUGCUAAAGAUGAUGUAAGACGGUUGCAAGAGGAGAGAGAUGCUUUGAGAGAGAGAUUAAAGUUAAGCACAGAGACACAGGUCACUGAACAUGCUCGGUUGGAGAAAGCUGUAAUGGACAGUGAGGACCGUGUGAGGCGUCUAGAGGCUGAACGGCGUAGUCUGAUCUCUCAGUUAGGAGAAGUCAAGGCCCAAGUUCUUACUCUGAGGGACGAGGCAGAUUCAAAUCGUACGAAGUUGCGUCAAGCACAAACUGAAUUGACACAACAACAGGCAUUGUAUAACCAGACCAGGAAUCUUCAAGAACAGACUGAUCGAUCUUUAUCAGAAGCGCAAGGGCAGUUAACACAGGUCCGUAAGGAAUUAACUAUUGCCCAGGAGCAUGUGAGGGAACUAGAGCGUGACCGUGCUAAACUUGACAAAGAGGUAGCAGCACUUAAGAAUGAACGGACUGUUUUACGUGGUAGUAUUGCACAACUGGAUCAAGAAAAAGACUCCCUGAUUCUCAGUGUAGACAGCAAGACAGAAAAAUUGGCAGCCAUAGAAAAAGAGGUGAAGUUGAAGGACACUAAGUUAUUGAACCUGGAAACAACAGUCACAGAGCUCCAGAAGAAGUUAGACAUCUCACUGGACGAGACAGCAGCUCGUGAUGCUCUGGUGCGAGCUGCUGAAAGAGAGGUUAAUACUAUUCGGUCAGAACUGGAAGCUGCAGAAAGAGCAAGGGAUGGCUUGCUUCGAGAGAACAGGCGCCUGCAAGACGACUUGGCCUCUGUGACAAAAGACUGCAAUAUUGCAAACAGAGAACUGGUUGCAGCUCGUGACGAGGCAGAUACGCUAAAGAGACAGCUUCAGGAUUAUGUCAAGGAGAUCAAAAGGAUUGAAGACAUGCUUGCAAGGAAGGAACGGGAGCGUUCUGAAAUGUUGGAACAAUUCCGCGGCCUCAGCCUGGAAGCAGAAGCUCUGGAAAGUAAUAACCAUAGUUUAGAAACAGAAGCACAAGAACAAAAAUCAAAACUGCGGCUUGCUGAGGACCGCAUUGCUGAGCUCGAAGGGGAACUCGAAACAAGGGAUUCCUUGGUACACAGCUAUGAGUCUCAGAUUGCAGAACUGACAGGAAAAGUUGCAGGCUUUGAAACACAAAUUCGACAACAUACAGACAAGCUGCGGAGAGCAGAGGCAGACCUUGUCACAGUUCGGGAUCUCUGUGUCACUCUGGACAGCCAGAAGGAGGCCCUUCAAGAACAGGCAGCAGAGUCUGAUGAACAGAGGAUCAAGCUUGAGAGAGAAGUGUGUCAGCUACGGAAAGAGGUGGAAUGUUUACAAGUGCAACUGUCAAAGGAACAAGCAACUGUCAUCUCUUUGGAAGAAAUCCUGGACAGUAGUCGUCAAGAGGCAUUGAGGUUUCGGCGAUCAUCCCAAGAUGCUGAAUGUGAGGUGACUCGCCUGAGGCAGAAAGUAUCAGAUCUCCAAGCUGAUCUAGAUGCAGGGGCAGCAGAUCUUCGACGUUACCAGACCCAAGCAGCUGAGUACAGCAGGCAAGUGGCAGACCUACAGAGGCAGAUUACAAAUGAACGUUUUGAACGGGCUCGCAUGCUAGACGAAUCUAGAAGUUACAGCACAUUGUAACAUACUGAAUGCUGUGAGAUGCAGAAAGAAGACUCCAGGACUCUCAGUACUGAAGAUACCCAUUAGAGAAGAACAACUUCAAUUGCACUUCAAUGAAAUUGAGACCACAGUUUUAAUCAUAAUGUCCAUAAUGUGUGUGUAUGUGUAUGUAUUUUAACAAAGAAGUUAACUAGGCAAUAUUUGCCUUGGCAUAUCUGUA